CUUAUCAUAUAUAUAAAUUGUUAUCACAUUUGAAUCACAGCAUAGAUCUUUCUUAUUUCAUUCAAAGUUUAAGUACAAGCAUAAGCAUCAAAUAUGAUGUUUAAAUUUUUACCAAUUUUCAUCAUCUUCAGCAUUACUGCUGUUCUUGCUUUUACGUUUGAUGCAAAGGAUCAAUUAGAAAAUGUUGUUAAGUUUGAUGACAGCUCUCAAGCAAACUCACAGGAAGAUAGCAAUGCCAAUAAUAGUGACAGUGACAAUGACAAUGACAAUGAUAAUGACAGUAAUAGUGGAAGCAAUGAAAAUUUAUCUGAUUUUAAGAAUCAAAAUUCUCAACUUACUGAUGAUUUGGAAAAACUUAUAGAAUCUGUAGAAGAUAUACUUGAAAAUGAACUGAGACAAGUAACAAAUGAAUCUACACAUAUUUGGGAAAAUGUAAAAGACAAACUCAAUUCAAUCGAAAAUAAUUCCAAAGCGAAUUUUCAAAAUGUUACGAGUAAUAUAGAAAAUAUCUUAAAUAAUAUUAACAACAAAACCCAUAAUGCCUUUGAACAUGUUAGAGAUAUUGUACAAAACGAGACAGAAGCAUUUAAGAAGGAACUUUUGAAAGCUUACAGAAAAUUGAAGAAAGAUCUAGCUAAACUUGAAGAAAAUGGAAACAAUAUCUCGCAAAAAAUACGCGAGGAAUUUAAAGAAUUCUUUGAAAAAUCUUAUGAAAAAUUAAAAAAUACAAUUUAUUCUCUGGAAAAUGCAAUAAAUGAAGCUGAAAAACAAGCCAAAUAUAUUUUAAGUGAAGUGAAAAAUAUUACAUUAAACGAAUUACAAAAGAUCGAAAAAAAAGAUGUAGAAAUAUGGCAAGAAGCAAAAAAAGAUCUUCUAUCAAUGGAAAAAAAUGCAGAAGAUGCUAUGAGUAAGAUAACAGAUUCAAUGAAAAAAUUGAAAAACGAAACCAAUGAAGUUCUUCAUAAAGUUUCAGAAGCGCUGAAUGAAAAUAUAGAAGAAAUCAAACGAAAUGUUACUAAAAUUGCAAAUGAAGUGAAAGAAAUCGUAAACAAUACAAUAUCUGAGAUCAAAAAGGCAGCAAAAAAAUUUCAACAGGAAAUUGAAGAAGAUGUUGAAGAAGUCAAAGAAGAAGUGAUUGAAGUCAUAGAUGAUUUAAAUGAAAAGUUAUCUCAAAUUGUCAACCAAACUGCUAAUACUUUAAAAGAAACUGAAGAAAUUCUUGAAGAACAAUUUGAACAAGCCAAGCAAAAUACUUCUCGACUUGUAGAUAAAAUAAAAGAUAUUGUUUCAAAUAUUUAUCAAUAUGUAAAAAGUUCUACGUUAGAGAUUAUUGACAAUGUCAAGAACGAUAUUAAAAAUAUUAAGUCUAAAAAUGAUGUAUUCUUAUACAAUGUGACACAAACGAUUGAAAAUAAUGUGAAACAAGUAAAACAAGAAAUCUCGAAAGUCGUAAUUAAUCUUAAAAAUAAAACACAAGAACAAUUACAAUAUCUUAAAAACAAACUCGGUGAAUUAAAAGGAGAAGCCUCGCAGGCUAAAAAAAUUAUUAGAAAUAAAAUAAAAGAAAUUACUAAAAACGUUACCAAUGUGCUUGAUAAUUUGGAGCAUGGCAUAAACAAUACUUUGGAAUAUGUCCAAAAUAAAACUUCCGAGAUUAUAAACCACGUAACAAAUAUAAUUAAAGAAAAAAUACAGGUAAUCAUACAGAAGUCUGCUCAAGUUGUAGCAGAAGCAACAAAUACAAUCGAAGACGUUAAAGAAAAUACAGCUAUCGUUUUGAACAAUACUUUAACUGAAUUAAGGAAAGAUGCCAACAAUCUUUUGAACAAUGCCAAGGAAGAUGUUCACAAUAUAACUAAUCAACUUGAAAACCAAGUUUUUAAUGUUCUCAAUAAUAUUAAAAACAUUACAAAAAAUUCAUUAAAAGAUAUUGAAAAUAUUACGUCUUAUGAAAAAAAUUUAAAAGAAAUAAUUCAUAAUAUUUCAAAAGAUUCUAGAUCUCUAAUAAGUAAUGUUUUGAAUGAUAUUCAUGAUACCAUUGAUGUCAUUCUCAAUGAUACUAAUGAUGCUAUUGAACAUAUAAUUAAUAAUGUCAAUAAUGUUACUUCUAAUAUUUUUCAUGAUGUAAAAGAUGCCAUACAAAAUGGAUUAAAUUAUACGAAAAAUAAUAUAAAAAACGUAUUUGAUGGACUUCAGAAUUCAGUUCACAAGGUUUCCGACGCUGUGCGUUAUUUCAAUGAUAAUGUAAAAAAUAUACUUAUAGGUAAUAUAAAGAAUCUUAGUCACAGCAAGUAAGUUUAAUAUGUAUUUUCAAAUUUUUCAAA